UGGAGGGCCCAAGUUUGCCCAUGCCUUAUCUACAGUGUAGAAUUAAUGCAGUUUGAUACCACUUUGUGUCAAAGUCAUUGCUGUGGGAUUCUGGGAGUUGUAGUUUGGGGAGGCGCUGGAGUUUCCUGGCUAUAUAUAGAAAUCCCAUAAUUUUAUGGGAUGGGAAUUAUGACAAUUAGAAGUGGACUCCUAGCAUUUAAAACUUUGUAGAAAGGGCUCAAAGUGCUAUGGCAAAUUAUGACAGAUAUUACCUUCAUAAUCAUCAUUGUCAUAGAAUAUAGAGUUAUAGAAUCACAAGGAUAUAGAGUUGGAAGAGACCAUAUUGAAUUGCUUUGAGUUUUCCGUGCUGUAUGGCCAUGUUCUAGGAGCGUUCUAGUGUGCAAAUCUUAUUAUAACUGCAUAGUAGAUAAGAGCAAUUUUUCAUUGCAAGUUUAAGUAUAUUUUAUGGGUAGCUUUGAGGAUUAACAACUUCACCAAGUUGCUGUGAGUUUUCCGGGCUGUAUGGUCAUGUUCCAGAAGCAUUCUCUCCUGACGUUUCUCCCACAUCUAUGGCAGGCAGAGGCAGAGGUUGUGAGGUUUGCUGGAAACUAGGCAAAUGUGGUUUAUAUGUGUGUGGAAUUUCCAGGGUGGGAGAAAGAACUCUUGUCUGUUGGAGUCAAGUGUGGAUAUUGCAAUUAAUCACCUUGAUUAGCAUUGACAAGUCUUGCAGUUUCAAAGCCUGGCUGCUUCCUUCUUGGGGGGAAUCCUUUGUUGGGAGGUGUUAGCUGGCCUUGAUUGUUUCCUGUCUGGAAUUCCUGUUGUCUAAGUGUUCUUCAUGCCUGCUAUAGAUGUGGGUGAAGGGUCAGGAGAGAAUGCUUCUGGAACAUGGCCAUACAACCCGGAAAACUCACCGCAGCCCAGUAAUUCCAGCCAUGAAAGCCUUCGACAACACAUUGACCACAUUGAACAUCCAGUUCAACCCCUAGCCAUCCAGGAAAAGCAUAUUAUUAUUAUUAUUAUUAUUAUUAUUAUUAAUUGACACAACGAUGUUGUAUGAAACAGCAAACAAGAUAGAUAUGCUGGAUUUCGUAUCACAAAAUCUCAAGUCGAACACUUCCCAAGUGUCUAGGACUGUGUGAUGUAUUUUUGGAUGAUGCGUGCAGAUCCCAGUAGGGUGGCCUUUUGCAGUUGGCAGAUCGUAAUUUUGUCAAUGUCUAUUGUUUUCAAAUGCCGUCUGAGAUCUUUUGGCACGGCACCCAGUGUGCCCAUCACCACCGGGACCACCUGUACUGGUUUCUGCCAGAGUCUUUGAAGUUCAUCAUUAUUAUGUGACUCCAGUGACCAGAAACUGUCUAGGCAUUGUAGUCCAAAAUAGUAACUUUUUCAAUGCAUGAGACUGUUGAGUGAAUGGCAUCCUUGAAAGAAAGGAGUCUGUCUUGGAAACCCACAAAAUGCCGUUAUCCCACUAAAAUGAGGUUUGCUGUUUCUUAAUGGUAAGGAUAACAUUCAAUUCCUUUUGGUGCCUUUUGGAGUUCAGUCCUGCUUCAGACAUGACCGAUUUACGGGGACAAGUUGUUUGCACAGAAAGCUAUGGCUCUCGCAAAACCUGUCACUACAAGUCAUUGCCCGAUGGGAGAUUGAGUUGUGUCUUGGAUAGACUUGAAGAUGAGGGCUAUCGUUCCAUACGGGAUUUCUUCACGGCAGUUUUCCUGCCCCAAGGUUAUCCCGAAAGCGUGAGCCCAGACUACCUUGCAUACCAGAUUUGGGACACUGUGCAGGCCUUUGCUAGUAGUAUCACGGGGACCCUGGCCACCCAGGCGGUGCUGAAGGGGGUGGGAGUCGGGGACAAGACCUCCACCGUUACAGCCGCCACUGUCACUUGGAUACUUAAAGGUGGGACGGGAAUGCUGGGGAGAAUUCUCUUUGCCUGGAGUAAGGGGAGCAAACUGGACUGUGAUGCUAAGCAAUGGAGACUCUUUGCCGAUGUGCUCAACGAUGUGGCCAUCUUAAUGGAGAUCCUGGCACCAGCAUUCCCAGCAUGUUUCACCCUCAUUGUGUGCAUCAGUGGCUUUUUCAAAUGCAUUGUGGGAGUUGCUGGAGGCGCCACCCGGGCAGCCCUUACCAUGCACCAGGCCCGAAGGGACAACAUGGCAGACGUUUCCGCCAAAGAUGGAAGCCAGGAGACAUUGGUGAACUUAGCCGGCUUACUUUUCAGCCUUCUCCUCAUCCCUCUGGUAGCUGACAAUCUCCGCCUCACCUACUCUCUCUAUGGCCUCUUCACCAUUCUGCACCUCUAUGCCAACUACCGAGCUGUGAGGGCUGUCUGCAUGGAGACCCUCAACCGUGCGCGGCUUUGCCUGGUCUUGCAAUCUUUCUUGAAGUCGGGAGAAGUACCAGGCCCAGAUGUCACCAACCCUCAAGAGCCUUUACUACUAGGGUUCAGACAUCAACUCAAGAUGACUCUCGGAGCUCCACUUCACUCAGUAACUUCCAAUGUUGCUGAAUUCCAGAGAGCUCUGGAAGGGAAUUCCACAAAGUACUUAAUCUUCUUCAACCAAGCAGCAGGGACUGUCUCCAUCCUCCUUCACCAACAGAGAAGGAGUGUGGAUGUGAUUAAAGCCUGCAGCCAUGCCCUUCUCCUGGAAGCCCUGCUGUCCUGGGAUGUGGCCUCGCUGGUCUUGGAAAAAGAAUCCCUCUUGGCUGUGCAGAAGCAGCUACGUGAAGGAUCGAAGAGCAAGCAUUGUGGUGUGGUUUCCGAGACACAUAGGAUACUGGACAGGAUAUUUCCUAAAUUUCUGGCAGGUUUGAUGGCAGCAGGAUGGGUGACAGAGCGGAACCUUUUGGGCCCAGAAGAGUGGCGCGUGGAUUGGACCGUUGCUGGGAAGAAAGCAUUUUGACUCUAGGAGACUGUUGGACAUUGGAGUAUCAAAGCUAUGGCUUGUUCAAACCGAGACUGGAUGGUUGGCGCUGAGUCUGUCUUCGCCUCUUUAGAGCGGGGCUAAACUGUAAUGCCAAAAGGGAGGUAAGGUGCAGACUGUGUACGUGCUCCCUCUUUCUCAAAGAAUGUGAUUUGCUAGCAGGGCAGAAAAAAAACAAACAUUUUAUAUAGAUUUUAUAUGAGGUCUUUCAAGACGGUGCAGAUAACAUAUUAUCGGCUUUCAUGGCCAGAAUCACUGGGUUCCUGUGAGUUUUCCAGGCUGUAUGGCCAUGUUCCAGAAGCAUUCUCUCCUGAUGUUUAGCUCACUUCUAUGGCAGGCAUCCUCAGAGGUUGUGAGGUCUCUUGGAAACUAGGCAAGUGAGGUGUUAGCUGGCCAAAUGUGGACAAUUUCAACAGAAAGGAGGAAACCAUGAAAAUGAACAAAAUGUGGCUAGCAGUAUUAAAAACUCUAAAACCAGGACAGUAAAUAAAGAACAACACUCAGAAAACAGGAAUUCCAGGCAUGAAACGAUCAGGGCCAGCUAACACAUCCCAACAAAGGAUUCCCUAGGCAGGAAGGAGACAAGCUUUGAAGCUGAAAGGCCAUUCAGUGCUAAUCAAGGUGGCCAAUUGCAACAUUCACACUUACCUCAAGCAGACAAGAGUUCUUUCUCCCAUCCUGGACAUUCCACAGAUAUUCAAACCCAAUUUCCUUAGUUUCCAACAGCUUUUGAGGAUGCCUGCCAUAGAUGUGGGCAAACGUCAGGAGAGAAUGCUUCUGGAACAUGGCCAUACAGCCUAGAAAACUCAGCAUCUCAGUGCAGAUAUCAUUACAUGAAGUACUAGAGUUCGUAAAAGUCUGGAUAUGACAUUUGCAAUCCCAAUGCUAGUAACUUUGGUUGGUUUAUCUCUUCCACAGUAUUGUUUGGGUGGCUUGCCUGUAGCAUUAAAGGAUCAAUAUAACUUUC